UUUGAGCAAUUUUCCAGUACUUCUGGAGCAGAGCUAAACCUAUUAAAAACUAAAGCAAUAAAAAUUGGCAUAGACUGUAAUGAAACGAUUCCAAUUUGGCUAAAUAUUACAAACGAAUUAAAAAUUCUUGGAAUAUUAUUUUCUAAUUCAAUUCAAACUAUUAUUGACCGGAAUUGGCAAAUGGCUGUUUCAAAAUUGUCCAGAUUAUUAUGGAUGAAUAAAACUCGACAAUUGAACUUAGUACAAAAAACAAUAUUCUUGAACACAUUUGCUCUCUCCAAGAUAUGGUAUGUGGGUUCAAUAAUUCCAAUGCAGGCAAAUACCUGCAAAAAAGUAAUACAAUUAGUUCGACAGUAUUUAUGGCAAGGACAUGCUGUCAUUGUAGCAUUCAAUGAAAUCACACUUCCCAAAUCAAAAGGUGGCUUGAAUCUUCAUCAUCCCGACUUUAAAAGUAGAGCUCUUUUUGUUAACAAAUUACAUUGCGCUCGCGAUAAUAAUCUAGCUGAUCUAAUCAAUAUGAUCGAAAAUGUUCCAAUGAAAGAAAUGCCUCCUGAAUUUUCUUAUCUGAAUAAGGCAAUUCUCGAUUUACGAAAACUAAGAUCUGCUAAUACAAAUUCUCUGUUGUCGUCUGAAAUUUACAAUAAAAUGAUUGAGGGACUUCCAAUGGUUAAAGUAGUAAGAGAAAACCAGAACCAAAGCUGGAUCGACAUUUUCAAGAAUAUCAAUAACAAAAUUUUAUCAUCCAGCAGAAGGUCUAUCUGCUACCUUUUUAUACAUAAAAAGAUGAUUAGCAGAGAACUUUUUUACCGUCAGAGAAGAGUCUCCUCCCCGUAUUGUACUAGUUGUAAUACUGCUAUCGAGACUUUACAGCAUAAAUUUUUUGAGUGCACUAGCAUAAACACAUUAUGGCAAUACACGUUGGCAAAAAUACGAAGAAUUAACAGUAGAAAAUUUAGAAAUAAAAAUUACGAAAUAUGUAUGUAUCCUUCCUUAACCUUUCUGAGCCGAGUUGAACGAGAAGAAACAAUGAAACACAUCUCAAAUUAUUUGCAAUAUGUAUUUGAAACUAGCGAGGAAGAUAGGAGUUUAGACCAUUAUACAUAUUCAUUAAGUUUGUAAUGUAUCAUGACAUCAACAUAAAUAAAUC